AUGGCUGAAAUAGAUGAAAUUGCACAUGCUAUUGCUGGUGCUGGAGGUGGUGCAUUGUCAAUGAUUGUCACUUAUCCUCUUGUGACUCUUCUGACAUUGGCACAAACUACCCAAAAGAAGAAGCAAGUUGGAGAUGAAGAAUCACUCGUUAAGGAGUCAUCCAAAAAGCCAACUCCAACACAAUUCCAUUAUAAAAUUAUAAAUGGUAUCGUUGAAUCUUCACUGUAUAAAGCAGCUCAAUUGAUUAUUCAAGAAAAGGGUAUUUUUGGUUUGUAUUCAGGUUUAGAAAGUGCCUUGUAUGGAAUUACUCUUACUAAUUUCAUUUAUUAUUACUUUUAUGAAUUUACUUCAAAUAUUUUCCUUAGAUCAAAUGCCUUGGGUGCACGUAAGGGUAAGGGACUUUCUACUUUACAAUCAAUUGCCACUGGUGCAGUUGCUGGUGCAAUUACUUGUGUUGGUUCUAAUCCAUUUUGGGUUGCUAAUACUCGUAUGAUGACAAAAAAAAAUGAUAAGAAUUCUUCAUCUAGUACUUUUAAAACAUUAAUUGAUAUUGUUCAAAAUGAUGGAUUUAAAACUUUAUUUGCUGGUGUAUUACCAGCUUUAGUUCUUGUAUUAAAUCCAAUCAUUCAAUAUACCAUCUUUGAACAAAUAAAAAACUUUGUGGUUGCUAAUAAGGGGAAAAAAUCAUUCACUCCAAUGAUGGCUUUCUUCAUUGGUGCAUUUGGUAAAUUAAUUGCAACUUCAUUAACUUAUCCUUAUAUUACUUUGAAGUCAAGAAUGCACAUCAAAAAGAAAAAAUUGGCUGCAAAAGUUGAUGAUUCAAAUGACAUUCAAUUAUCUAUGGUUCAAGAAAUUAAAAAAAUUAUUAAGGAAGAAGGUCUCGAAGGAUUAUAUGGAGGUCUUGUUGUUAAAUUAUUUCAAUCAAUUAGUACUGCGGCCUUUUUAUUUUAUUUUAAAGAGGAAUUACUUGUUGGUAGUGUAAAAUUAGUUGAAUUGUUCAAAUUUUUAAAGGUUAGAAAACAACUUCAAGCUAAAGUAUAAAUGGUAGUGUCUGCAUGUAUACAUAUAUAUUUAGGACUAUGUUUUGAAAUGAAA